AUGGCGCCUCUACCCUUUCGGUCGCCCCGACGUCAGCUGCCCAACAACAAGGAGCAAGCUGCCUCGAGAUUCGCUACACUCAGACGGACGCUGAACAAGAACCCUGAAAUGAAAGAGCAUUUCUUCAGCUUCAUGCAAGGAAUGCUGGAAGACGGCCAUGCAGAAAUGGCUCCAGAGAUUAAGGAUGAUGAAGAGUGUUGGUAUCUCCCAUCGUUUGGAGUGUACCACCGACGCAAACCGGGAGAAAUACGAGUCGUGUUUGACUCCAGCGCCAAGUACCAAGGCGUUUCCCUGAACGACGUUCUACUGACCGGCCCGGACUUAACCAAUAUCCUUGUGGGACUCCUGCUCCGAUUCAGGAAGGAACGUAUUGCCACCAUGGCAGAUAUACGACAGAUGUUUUACAGCUUCUUGGUCAAGGAGGAAGAUAGGGACUAUCUGCGUUUUCUCUGGUAUCGCGACAACGGCCCCAACAAAGAUGUCAUCGAGCACCGAAUGCGGGUACACGUCUUUGGCAACAGUCCUUCCCCUGCCGUGGCAACGUACGGCCUGCGACGAACGGUACAGGAAGGUGAACGGGUGUACGGGACGGACGCCAGAGGAUUUGUGGAACGCGACUUCUACGUAGACGACGGACUCAAGUCUCUACCCACAGAGGAACAGGCGAUCGACCUACUCAAACGAUCACAAGCUAUGCUUGCCACAGCCAACCUGAAGCUUCACAAGCAAGCAAUUGCCGCCGUCGCUCAUCUGAAGGUUGUGGACGCGCAGGGUACGUGCCACGUCGGAUUCGUCCUGGGCAAAGCGAAACUCGCACCCCUACCUGAAAUCACUAUCCCACGGCUUGAACUCUGUGCAGCAGUUCUGGCAGUCGAGAUUGGUGACCUCAUACUCAACGAGAUAGACAUCAGUGUUCAUGCAACAACCUUCUUCACGGACAGCAGAAUCGUCCUUGGUACAUACACAACCAGGCUCUACGUGGUUCUACGUGUACGUUACGAACAGGGUGGCGAGGAUUCGCAGGUCUUCAUGGCCGGACCAGUGGCGCUUCGUACCGACGGAACAGAAUCCAGCCGACCACGCGACGCUGCCCAUAGACUUAGCCAAACUAUGUGGCUGAGGGGGCCACAGUUUCUUAAAAAACAGUCUGACGACACAACUGACGCAAAUACACCAGAGUACAAGCUGGUGGAGUCAGACGUCGAUCCCGAGAUACGUGCCGAAGUAGCUACCUACUGGACGUGCCUGGAGCCCGAUCUCCAACCAGAACCGUGUCGUCAUUGGCAUAUUUGUUCUGAGCCACGAACAGUGGCGAGCGUGAACGAUGCCAGAAAUGUCAUUCUGUUGAGAGUUCAACGCGAAGCCUACACCGAGGAGAUCGCGUGCCUCCAGAAGACGCAAAACGUCCGCAGGGGUAACCCUCUCUACAAGCUGGAUCCGUUUCUCGACGAGUACGGACUAGUCAGAGUUGGAAGUCGCCUGAGAAACGUCGACUUAGACAGGAAUGAGUGCACCCUGUCGUCCUGCCAGGCCGUCAUCACGUCACUGCUCUGCUCAUUCGUCAUUACCAUGAAAAGGUGCGGCACCAGGGAAGACACUUCACUGAAGGCGCCAUCCGAACACCGGGUCUCUGGAUCCUAG